AUGGAGUCACUUAAUUGGGUUUACCUAUUCACUGGCUUGUUCCUCGCCUGGUGCCUCAUAAUUGCAGCAUACAAUGUGUUCCUCCAUCCUCUGCGAAACUACCCCGGCCCCAAGCUAGACGCUGCCACUCGCCUUGUCUAUGUCUACCACAUGAUUCUAGGGGACAGUUGCAAGUAUCUCGCCAGCCUGCAUGAUAAAUAUGGAGAGGUCGUUCGAGUUGGUCCAAACGAGCUAUCUUACACAACAGUGUCGGCGAACAAAACAAUUUUUGGAACGAAAGCCACGGCGGACUCGUCGUUCGAGAAGAACCCGGCGGUAUACAUUCAAGGCUCCGGAAUGUCACAGAAUAUUCUUUUCGCUAGCACAAGUGAGCAUCCUCGAUACAGACGGCUCAUGGGACCAGCAUUUUCCGAACAAGCGAUCAGAGAGCAAGAACCGAUGAUUCAAGAAUUCACAAGUACCAUGAUUGAGACACUUCGACACAAUAGAUCGGGAAAGGCAUACUUUCCAUCCGAAGACAGCAUCGUCAAUAUCGGGGCCUGGUCCAUUUUCUUUACUUUCGAUGUCUUCAGUGCUCUUUCUUUCGGUGAACCGAUCGGCUGCAUUGCUACGGCGGAUUACCAUCCUUGGGCACAUGUUAUCUUUGGCGCCAUGAAGCAUGCCACUUUUCUCCAAUGCGCUUAUCGACUUAAACCUUAUCAUCGGAUCCUAGAGAAACUUAUUCCACGAGAGAUCAGUGCUCCUAUGGAAGAGCACAUGGAGUAUUCUCGCGCCUUCAUGGAAAGGACAGGGAAGGACGAGAAAUUCUCACGUGCGAGCUUUUCAUCGUUCAUUUUGAAAGGGAUGAACAAGGAUGAACUAUUUGACAAUAUUAACAUUCUUGCCACUGCUGGCAGCGAAACUACAGCCACGGCCAUUUCAUCUAUUUUUUACUACUUGACCCAUAACCCGGAUAGCUACCAGAGGCUUGUGGAUGAGGUUCGCUCUGCAUUUACAAGCGAGCACGGGAUUACUUUCAACUCUACAGCAAAGCUGAAGUACCUCAAUGCUGUUAUCAAAGAGACCCUGAGAAUCCACCCUUCUGUGCCAGUCGGUCUUCACCGAAUUACUCCCGAAGCAGGCAGCUACAUCGAUGGGCAAUGGGUUCCCGGCGGGACAUGGGUGUCUGUGGCACUUCUCGCCGCAUACAGAUCUCCAAGGUACUGGCACCGCCCCGAGGAAUUCAUCCCAGAGCGCUGGCUCGGCGACCCCGAGUUUGAGUCUGAUAAUCGCGCAAUCUGGGCACCCUGGUCGAUUGGACCGAGGAAGUGCAUUGGUAUCAACCUGGCGUACCUGAACAUGCGGUUGAUCACAGUUCGUUUGCUAUGGAACUUUGACUUCGAGGCGCAGCCCGAUAACUUGGACCCCCACGAGCUGCACGAGUUUGGGGUUUGGCAGGGUCAGGCUCCACUUAACCUGAAGAUGCGAGAUGCACGUACUUCUGCGGAGGUGUAG